UGACGCCACGCGCCGUUCAACAGACGGAAGUCUUGAGUCUCGAGUUCAGCCCGUUUUAUACGGAGCGAGUUUAUGAGUAGAUGUUUUUCUUAUAGCACAGGAUGCCAGUCGAAAACCCGGAGGACAGGACGGUGGAGGUGCAGCUGCUGUCUGAAGGAGUGAGUGAGGAACUGCUGUGUCUGUACUUUGAGAAUAAGCGGCGCUCCGGGGGAGGCCCACUCGUCUCCGUGGAGUUGAAGGCUGACCGUGCCAUACUGGUGUUUGAGGACGCAGAAGCUGCAGCCCAAGUGCUGUCUAAAGGGCACCACGUUCUGCAUAAUGUCGAGCUGAGUGUGAGAAAACCUGCCUCAAAGGACCCGUGUAGGCUGCUGCUGCGGGGGAUCAACCCCAGCACCUUCAAUGAGAUGAUAGAGCUCUAUGUGGAGAACUUGAUGGGGCUGAGCCCGACAGACUACACCCUGUAUCCCUCACCAGGGAGAGAUCUCAUCCUCAUUCACCUCAGCCGACCCCUCUCAAAAGAUUUCGAACAGCUUAGUGCAAAGAUCUCCAACAGGAAACUGGAUGGGGCCAUGGUAACACUUGAACAGAUUGAGCAAACUCGCUCUGUUUUGGUGGAGAACCUGAACCCUGGCAUCACUCCAGACCUGCUCUCUCUUUACUUUGAGAGCAACAAAGGUGGAGAUCAGAGGGUGAAGGAGGUCACCAUGCUGUCGCAGGGUACAGCAAAGGUGUCCUUUGUCAACCCUGAAUCUGUGGGCCCCGUUCUGGAUCUGCAACACAAACUGGACAAUGCUAACCUCGUAGUGAAGCCAUACUUUGACUUUCUUCAACCACCAGAAAACAUCACAUUACAAAACUCUGAAAGUGGAAGGCAAGAUGUGACGGAGAGAAGCUCAGAGGAUCUGAGUGAUACUCAGAUGCAGACCAGUCCUCCCAUGGUGAUCAGUGCCAACUGCCAGUCCUCCUCUGAGACGACCUCUGAGCCUCUCACUGCCAGCAAGGUGGUUGAAGAGGCAGCGGAGGAAGUUAUGGAGGAUCAAACAGAGGAUGCAGAUACACUAUCAAGCCACAUUGCUAUUGCUGAUCCAACAAAAUGUGCUUUGCUUCAACUGAGCCCCCUCCCACAGAACAUUGAAACGGCUCACCCAGAUUUCACCGUUCAAAUUAAAGAUGGUGGUGUGCACAUUGAAGGAACUGACAGACAAAAGUUGGAGCACAUAAAACACACUAUCUUGGACUUUCUUGGCAAUAUGGCAGAAGCUGAGUUCACUCUUGAGCCAGAAAUGGCUGAGUUCCUUGCAAGAAAAGAUGUAAAAGAACAACUAUUACAAACCCUGAAUCAAACUGGGUCACCCACUACGUACUCUGUAGCAGAUUCUAAAAUCUCAGUUACAUCGCUUUCCCAGAACUCGGCUCAGCAGGCAUGUAGCUUUUUAAAAUCCCAACUGUGUCGCUUCAGCAUACCGUUGAACACGGAAUAUGAGAGCAUGUUAUAUUGCAGAGAGUGGUCUGAGUUUCUGCAGGCUCUAGGCUUCUCCUCUGUAAAGGUGUCAGAACGAGGAGGGAAUAUUGAUGUGUUGACUCUGAAAGGGAUGGAAACUGAGAAGCAGACUGCAAUUCUGCAGUUUCUUACUACGCCCAUUGAAAGGGAGACAGUCAUCUCGAUGGAGCCAGGCAUGCUGAAAUACAUCCAGAUCCAUUGUCAUCAGCUGUUGGCUGACAUGAACCAAGUGUCUAUUUUUCCACUAGAGGCUGAGGACGUCUGUGGGUUUAAGAUCCAUGGCCCUGCUGUUGCUUGCCAAAUGGCUGAGGAAGUGUUGCAAAGCGUGGUCUCCUCUAUUUGCACCAGAACCAUCACAGUGAACGCUCCAGGAGUGUCCCGGUUUUUAGGCGAGGAAGAGUGCAAGAGCAUCCUGAAAGAGAUGGAGUCAAAGUUUCAGGUCUACAUCAGCCUAAAGCAAGCACCCUGGCAACCUCUGCCUCACCAGGACAUUUUUGAAACUGCAUGGAAGAUGAUGUCCCACAGAAACUUUCAGAGAGUGUCUGCAGAUGGCCCUGCACCGAAGAUCAAAUCAGAUUCUGUGCAAACUAAUCAUAAUAGAGCUCCUGACAAAGGCCUUUUAGAGGAAGCAAAGAGAAUCGUCUCAUCCAUUGAUGAAAGACUCGAGGACAAUGUGUCCAAUUCAGACCAGCUCGAUGACAUCGAUGACAUGGACUUGUACACAGCAGGGGAACUGACCAGCCAGAAGGACCAGGACUCUGAUGUGAUAGCUAUCGAUGUCUCCCAGGCCUCUGCUGAAGGGAACACUGUGGGUGGGUUGGCCCUGAGCCUUCCCAGCAAUCUAGAAGAAGAAGCCCAACUGUCUCUGGCCAUCCAGUACUCGAUGGAGUCGAGUCAUUGGUCCCUGGAAGAUGAGCAGCUGGAAAAGGCCUUGGAACUGUCCAGGAAAAUGAUCCAUCAGGAAGAACCUUCUUGUUGUACUGACAGGAGCCUUCUCCAUCUGCUCCUGAUGGAUCAAAUGGAGAGGGGCGUCGAUGUGGCCUUACAGGAUGCCAUCAAGGCGGCCAACACCAUCCAGAUAGUUGUGUUUGCGGGUUAUAGCUGUGAUCUGAUUCGGGUGGACAUAGCCUUCGGGAAGAAGGUCGCCCAGAGACAGGCCGAGGAGAAAAUCGAGCACAGGAGCGUGAAGAACAUGUCCGAGUAUCACAGGAAGUGUUUGGAGAUGAUCAAGAGGAAGCAUGCAGUCGAGAUUCAGGUUGAGGGCACCAUAAUCACUGUUUCUGGAUUCAAAGACUUUUUGCCUGGAGGAGUUUGGGAUGUGAAUCUACUGCUGGAGAAAGUCAUGACUUCUGUAUCCGACCAGGAAAUCUUGAGGACUGUCCAGUGGGUGCUACAUGAUCCAACCUCCGCAGACACAACUCCAUAUUCACCUGAUGCCACAGUAUUCAUCGAGGGAGCUUGGAGGAUGAAGCUGAAUCAGGUUGAUAUCUUGCUAGACAAUCAGCCCCAUAUUAUCAACUUUGAAAAGAUGCAAGAGUGCAACAUAGCCUCUGGGAAAUCUGUGAAAAUCUCCAGGAAGCUGCUUGAUAUAGGGGAUUUGGAUGAGGGUGUACCAGAAGAGGAAUUUUCCCUGCUGUCAAACCUGCCCGAAGCAACCAAAGUCGACGAGGAAUCUGAUGAAUUUCAGAAUGUGGUGAAGAACUUCUAUGCGACCAUUCAGAAAUACCACAGCAAGAUCAGAAUCAUACAGGUGGAGAAGCUCAUGAACGGACUGCUGUACAAUCAGUACAAGUUAAAGAAGGCGAGCAUACUGCAGCGUGCCUUGUACCCAGAAGUUGAACGGACUCUAUAUCACGGCACAAGUGAGAGCAGUGUUAAAGAGAUAUGCGUUCAUGGAUUCAACAGAAGCUUCUGUGGAAAGAAUGCCACCGUCUAUGGUCAAGGAGUGUAUUUUGCUGUCAACUCUGCACUGUCUGUCCAGGAUCAGUAUUCACCCCCAAACGCAGACGGACACAAGUUUAUUUUUGUGUCAAAGGUUCUAACGGGAGACUUCACCAAAGGCUGCCAUUCAAUGAAGACCGCCCCGCUGAAGGAGACCACUGAUAUUCCUCUCAGAUACGACAGUGUGACAGACGACAUUACCAAUCCAUCGAUGUUUGUCAUCUUCAAUGACACGCAAGCUUUUCCAGAAUAUCUCAUUACAUGCCAGAGAAUCCACCGCUGAGGAAGCUGAUUAUCCUUUAGAUUAUAACCUUUAAAUUUGGAGAAGAGACUUUUUUUUGUAUUGUGCCUUUAUUUAAAAAAAAAAAGUGCAUUUGAUUUAUAAAGGGCUAAUGUGUUAUAGUGUACAGUUGUUUUUUUUUUCUUUAAUCAAAGUUUUAUAAAGUAAUUUGCUGUUGACUGUCAUUAGUUGCUCUACUUUCAGUUCUUCAGUUUAAUCAAGUCUGAUCAAGAGAAAUUCAAAAGGCUGAACUCAAACACAUUUUCAUUAAGUAACUUUAAACAUUCCCUUAUAGCACAAUAAGGCUCAUUGUGCCGAUCCUUUAAACAGGUGUGACUUAACACUUAUCAAAUGACAUUGUACUUGUAGUAGUUUCGUGCUGUUUGGCAGUGAUCAUAUAUUCCAGUGUUUACAAUCUAUAUUUAAAGUUGGAAGCAUCCAAAAUAUGUUGUAAUUGGGAUUUUAAACUCAACCAUUGACAAUUUUGAUUUGGAGUGAGCUGGAAAUGCUUCUAUCUAUCUGUUUUUACCUGUAGGAGGUUAAUGUGAACUCUUAUUUUUUACCAGUUCAUUUGUGUUUGUGCAUCUAGACAGAUUGACGAGCUGAAUGUGACCUUAUACAUAUUUUAUAUGUUUUCUUUCAGGUUCAGUUAUAGUUGAAGUUGUCAAACUACAGCAUCAUUACUCUAUUGUACCUUCCUCAUUUGUCGCACCGUGCACUCUGAAAGAAUGUGUGUUGUUAUUUAAUAAAACAAAAUAUGAUGGA